AUGGCAGAGAAUUCACAUACAAGCGAAAUAGUCGAGAAGGAAGGUGCCAGCGAUGCCAUGCACCAGGAACACAAGGAGGGCGUCAAGGUUGAGACUGUUCAUGGCUCACUGGCUCUCGACAUAGCCAGGCGGAAAAAUCCCCCGAAGCCGUGGAGCGUUCAGAUGAGGAAGCUAUACUUAUUCUUGACCGUGGCAUAUCUUUGCUCAGCCGUAAACGGAUUUGAUGGCUCGCUUAUGGGUGCCCUGCUUCCUAUAGCGCAGUUUCGUGAAACCUUCGGCUCGGGCUUGGUCGGUGCUAAAGCCUCCUUGAUUCAAGGAAUGUACACCAUUGGAGGUGUCUGCGCGCUGCCGUUUGUCGGAGUUAUCUUGGAUACUUGGGGUCGACGGUGUGGCAUGUUUGCUGGAUCCUGUGCUGUCAUCCUGGGUACUAUUCUUGGUGGUACUGCCAACCACAUGGAUCAGUUGCUUGCUAGCCGAUUCUUCCUUGGUUGGGGAUACUCCUUGGCCUCCUCUGCCGCACCCGCCUACGUCGUCGAGAUGAGCCAUCCUGCAUACCGUGACAUCCUUACCGGUUUAUACAAUUGCCAGUACUUCAUCGGCGCUAUUGCUGCUGCCGGUGCUUGUCGCGGAUGCCUGCGCAUUGUACUGUUAACAGUUUGGUUUAUACCCGAAUCACCUCGCUGGCUCUACAGCCAUGGGCGCCGCGAGGAAGCCUGGGAUGUUAUCACCAAAUACCACGGCGAGGGCUCCCGAGAUAAUUCCUAUGUUCAUCUACAAGUCCGAGAAUAUGAAGAGGCGAUUAACCUUGAAGGCUCGGAUAAGAAGCAAUGGGACUUUAGUUCUCUUGUUAACACAAAGGCUGCGAGAUGGCGCCUUUUGUGUGUGGCUAUCGCAUCUUUUAUGAGUCAGUGGGCACAGGCUGGUGUCACAACCUACUACAUUGGCGGACUUUUAGCGACAGCUGGUAUCACUGAUACGACGCGAGUGCUGGACGUCAAUCUUGGCAACACAGUUCUUUCUGCUGGCCUAGCCUAUCUUGGAAGCUAUUUGGGCCCAAAAAUCCGACGCAGACCUAUGAUGAUUGGCGCUUCUAUUGCUUGCAGUAUCUGCUUUGCGAGUUUUGCAGCCACAACCGGGGUGUACACGAAAACAGAGGCACCAGGAGCGGCCACUGCUUCUAUCGUGUUCAUCUUCUUGAUCGGCGCUUGUUUCAGCUUUGGCUGGACUCCAUUGCAAGCCAUGUACGCCGUCGAAUGUCUUUCAUACGAGACUCGCGCCAAGGGUAUGGCCAUGUACUCUGUGUUCACCAAUAUCGCCUUGCUGGUGAAUCAGUUCGGAGUCGGAAAUGCCAUUGACGCCAUUGGCUGGCACACAUAUAUCAUUUUGGCUGGCUGGAACAUUGUCCAGGGAGUGUUCAUCUACUUCUUCGCUGUUGAAACAAACAAUCGGACCCUCGAAGAACUCUCGGAGAUCUUUGAUGCCCCCAAUCCACGGAAGAAGAGUACAGAAAAACAACAGGUCUUGGUUUCUGAGAAUGAGAACCAGGUGAUGCAAGUUAAGAGUGCAUAG